GUUGACUCUCGAGGUAAUGCACCGGUCACCUCCGUUGUGGACGUGACUGCCUCAAACGACUUGAAAACGUUUGAUUGGCCAAUAACCGUGGUCCCCGUUACGGAGGCGCAGCUCACCGACGAGAGCAAGUCCUCUUCCACCGUCGAUGUCUCCAGGGCGCUCAAGUCCUGUGCUGCUGGUUUGACCAACCUGGAGGAAGAGCUUGUUUGUGCGUGUGAGGUGCCUCCUGCAAUUUCAGAAAUUGCCGAUUUACGACAGUUCAAAAAUAAUGUGCUUUAUUCUUCUUCUCCCGUAUGCUGA